AUGAAUCUGAAAUCAUUGGAGAUAUUGUUGAAAAAAUCUCAGCAAAAUUACGUCAAACGUAUCCUGUUGUUCAUGAUAAUUAGUUCCCGUUUGGAGGAGUUGUAUUCUAAAAUCGAUAUUGGAGAAGAUGAUGUCCGUAUUAUAGGAAUAUGUGGAAUGGGUGGCAUUGGUAAAACCACUCUUGCAAGAGUUGUUUACGACCAAAUGUCAUCUCAUUUUGAAGGUAAGAGCUUUCUUGCUGAUGUUCGAGAACAAUCAAACAAAAAGGGACUUGUUUCUUUACAGAAACAACUUCUUAAAGAAACCUUGUCCGAAGGAGGAUUCAAUAUAUUCAAUGUUGAUAAAGGAAAUGCAAUCAUCAGUCGUAGGUUGUCUCACAAAAAGGUUCUUGUUGUUAUCGAUGAUGUUGAUAACAGAAAACAUUUGGAACACUUGGUUGGAAGGCGUGAUUGGUUCGGUUCAGGCAGUAGGAUCAUUGUAACAACAAGAGAUGAACAUCUGCUCCGAUUUUAUCGAGCUGAUUAUGUGUAUAAGCCUAUGACAUUGAAUCUCAAUGAUGCACUUCGGCUUUUUAGUUUGAAAGCUUUCGAUAGUGAUACAGAAUUAGAAGGUGUUUUCUUUGAGCUUUCUAAACGUGUUGUACAUUACGCUGGUGGUCUUCCCUUGGCUCUUGAAGUGUUGGGAUCUUUUUUGCGUGGUAGAGAUGCAACUCAAUGGAGAAGUGCGAUUGAAAGACUUGAACGAGACUCCAACAAAGAAAUUCUUGAUAGACUUCGAAUCAGUUUUGAUGGAUUGGAAGAAAGCGAAAAGAAUAUAUUUCUUGAUAUCGCAUGCUUCUUCAAGGGGGAGGAGAAAGAUUUUGUAACCAAAGUGUUGGAUGGUUGUGAGUUUUUCCCAGAUAUUGGAAUCGAUGUUCUCGUUAAGAAAUCCCUAGUGGCAGUUGAUGAAGACAACAGAUUGUGGAUGCAUGACUUGCUACAAGAAAUGGGAAGAAAAUUUGUUUGGGAAAAAUCUAUUGAUGAACCUGGAAAGCGUUGCAGAUUGUGGGAUGAAAGGGACAUCCAACAUGUUCUAACAAAAAAAUCUGCCACUGAAGUGAUUGAAGCCAUGAUCAUCGACAAUCAAAGGGAACCGAACAAGACACUCAAUUUGAGUGUCGCUGCCUUCUCAAAGAUGAAAAGAUUGAGAUUGCUCAAAGUUCUUUGCCUCUCAAAUUGUGAUGGUCUUAAAUAUCUUUCUAAUGAGCUACGGCUUUUAGAUUGGGAAGGAUGUCCUUUAAGAUCUCUGCCCUCAGGCUUUCAACCGGACAACCUUGUUGCACUUCUCUUACAAUACAGUCGCAUUGAACAACUAUGGAAGGGAACCAGACCCUUGUACAAGCUGAAAGUGUUAAACCUCAAAGGGUCCCCGAACCUGAUCAAGACUCCGGACUUCACAAUGGCCCCAGAUCUUGAAGUUCUGAUCCUGGAAGGCUGUAAGAAAAUAGUUGAUGUUCAUCCAUCCAUAGGAGAUCUUAAAAGGCUUCAAAAUUUGAAUUUGAGAGGCUGCAAAAGUCUUAGGAAUCUUCCAACCAAAAUUGGAAUGGAAUCUCUUCAAGCAUUCAUUCUUUCGGUGUUGGGAUUUUUGCCAGAGAGUUUGCAGCUAGCAGAGUUUUUGGAAGAGCUUGACUUGAGGGAAACGGCCAUAACAAAACCACCGUCCUUCAUUUUUCAACUUAAAAAUCUUAAAGUUUUGUCUUUCAACGGCCGCAAGGGAUCUUCCAAAGAGGAAAUGCUCAAACUUGAGUCGGGUUUGAGUUCAUUGACACAGCUGAAACUAAGGGACUGCAAUCUUUGUGAAGGAGAUAUACCUAAUGAUAUUUCUUGUCUAUCCUCUUUGGUAAUGCUCGAUCUCAGUGGUAACAAUUUCAUCAGCCUACCUGAUUCUCUUACUCGACUUUCCAAGCUUAAAGGUCUUGCAUUGAUGAAUUGCCGAGGGCUGAAAUCGUUGCCUGAGCUUCCAACAAGUGUAGAAUAUGUGAGCAUAGAUGAUUGUGCUUCUCUGGAACUAAUUGCUAAUCCAUCAAAAGUAUACAAUCGAAUGGUUUUCAUGUUUAAAGGUAUCAACUGCUGCAGAUUGGCUGAGAACAUCAAUGCAUUAACAUUGCUGAAAAAACAUCUCAAGGUAUUUGCAAAUUCAAGAGAAAGGUUUGCUGUUAUUAUGCCUGGAAGUGAAAUCCCAGAAUGGUUCAGCCAUCAAAGAGUCGACUCUUCAAUAAAGAUGCCACUGCCUCUCAAUAUUCGGAAUGAUAGUCAAUGGAUGGGAGUUGCUUUCUGCUGCAUUUUUGCCGGUGGUGAUUCUUCGGGGGAUGAGCAAAUCUGGUGUAAUGCUGUUAUCCAUUGUGGAGAACCUCGAGAUCUUGAUGGCGUUGGCAUUCAUUUAGGGGAAAGGAUUUAAUCAGCCCAUAAAAAAUGACCACCUUUUUCUUGGUUACUGGUAUCGUGACGCGUUAUAUCCAUAUUUGUUGGAGAAUGAAUGUGGUGAAAGGGAAACCAAGAAUACUUCAACACCGGAUUGCUCAAAUCAGGAAUGCGAUGAACUUGAAUUGUCACUUGAAUUGUCAUUCAAAUAUGAUGCUCGUGGCAAAGGUGUUGGGGUGAAGAAAUGUGGGGUUGGGAUAGUCUAUGAGAAAGAUUUGGAAGAUGUCCAACUUACAACAGAGCAACACAUGAAUCAAAGUAGGCCACAAAUUGAAUGAAGACUCCACUGUUGAU